AUGCCCACAGCGGCCGUCAUCGACUUGGUGUCGGAUGACGAGGACAGCUGUGUUGAGGUGGUUGGCCCGGGCGAUGACGCGCAAGCACAGCGUCCAGCGCGGAACACAGUGAUUAGGCAUAGGAUUGGCUAUGUCGAAAGACGACCGCCGGGGUCAGCAUGUGGGCAGGACUCCGCAACAAUUGACCUGACGGGGAACGAUGACAGAGACACGGGCGCUGUGGCUGGGCGGCCCGGUUCGGCAAGUUUGGCGUCGGCCAAUGAAGCGCGGGCUGACUCGCGACCGCGGAAUCAAAACACCAGCGCGCGAACUCCAAGAACGACGGCUGGAGGCAGCAGCGAGCCCCGUGCCCCAGUCUCAGGUGACGCUGGCGCCGCGCCCAAGCUUACUCGCGUGUCGGCUAAAGCUCCGCCAGCUGCGCUAAACUCGGACAGCCCACCCAUGUUUCCAGGAAGAAUUGCGCAUCGGCCAGGAAACCCGUACGGACAGCGUCAAUGGGGCGCCGCAGCUUCUAGCACCCGCCCACCACCGCCCCAAGAUGGCUUUUCGCCUGCGCGCCCGCAAGUAAUUAGCGACGAUGAUGAUGACGACGACGCCGCCGCCAAGGACAACCGCGAUGAUGACCUGUUGAUAGACGAGGAAAAGUCGACACCAGCCAACACGCACGCGCAUCCAUCUGGACACUCACGCGAGCACGUGAGGAAAGACCCUCCACCGGCUCCAGUCUCGAACCGCGAGCCUAGCCCAAUCGAGCACCUCACGUCUCUGCAGCGCCAACUCGCCGAGAAAGUCAAGGUAAUUUGGGGAGUUUAUCCAUGGGAAGUGACGUCCUUGAAUCCGCCUCAAUUCCACGCCGACCUUGUGUGCGACUUUUAUGAGCUUGCACAGGGUGGCUGCUCGUUAGAGGCAGCAAAGGAAUCGAUUGAAGGUCAAAUAAAAAAAAGAUCCGCCGCAUCCGACGGCAGCCCGGGAUACGUUAUACUCGGUGAUACCAACGAGGCUAGAAAGAUCAUCGAAAGCCAUAGAGCUGAGUCCCGGCAUUCCCCUACACCAAUCCCUACUCCUCCAAGCCACCCCUCGAAAACCGACAGCUCCCUUUUGCUGCCACCGCACCCUCUUCCACACUCCCUCUUACCCUUGAACCCUCCCGGGCCUAGCUACGCAGCCCAUUCCAAAGACUCGACCAGUAGCCGGCCUAUGUCACCCGUGCCUGCGGUUGAGCAAAGCAACCCCGCAAGCCUUGCACGUGCGCCAUCAUUUGACCCCAGUGCUCAGCAACAGGUCGACGAGGCCGAGAAUCGCAGCGAUAACGCGUCGAUCUCAGACUCCUUCCGGCCACGCAAUCAGUGUGCCGAAGCUCAAGACAGGGGCCUCGUAGAAACGGUCGACGGCAUUCUAGAUAAUCCACUACAAAAUAACCCAACUGAAACUGAACGCAGAGAAACCACCGAAAUUGCUCAGUCAGCACCAUCAGCCAUGGAAACCAUCGGAGACAUAGGCAGCGCAGAGCCUUCCGAUCUAAAGUCCGACUCUGCCAGAGUCGUUUCUUCAGGCGAGGACCUCAACUCGGAGUUGGCCCGGGACUUGAUCGAUGUAAAUGGAAAUGUAUCAAUGCUUGACGUGCGAAAAUUGAUCAGGGAGCGCGCGAAGGCGGUUACUGAGGACCGCGAGUACUUCACUAAGGCACGUACUGAGUCGCACCAGUAUUCCUAUAUUUCUAACACAACGCAGUUCCGUCUGGGCCGGGCUCGCAGAAUCCAUCGCUCUCCAGAUAGCGAAAUGGCCGGAGUACCCGCCAAUGACUUCAUUUCAGGACCGAGCAUCGUGCCAAAAAAGUUCCAGCAAGACGGCUUUCCUUGGAAAAACGCACCGCCGAUUCAGACUCGAGGACCAGUCAAACCUGGGGACACUAGACCGAUGAAUCAAAAGUCCCAAGAGGUGUUUCCACACGGCAGCAAGGGAAUUCGGUCAUCCAUCAGCAACCCUAUCGAUUUCUAUGCCGUCGACACACUUCCAGUCCCGCCAUACACUAAUUAUGUCAGCUUGAAGCAGAACGUUCUUGCCGAGAACCAUAGAACACUCCUGGUAUACCCCUAUUUCGAUGACAACCAAGACGAAGAUCUCGCCAAGAAGUCGCUCUGGGACGAGCUGCAGAAUCGCUACAACAUCGUUGCGGACGAACUCAGGCUACGCAGACUGCUCCAGGCUGAAAAGAGCUGGCAACUUCGCUCUUACGCUGACAGGAUUCUCGGUGAAUUUGGCUGUGGGAUUGAAGUGGUCUUGAGAUACUUUUUGCUGCCGCCGGACGAGUUAAAACGGGUAAUGGAAGAGGCGGUUGAACCCCAGCAUGCCCAAUACUUGGAGAAGCGACGGAAAGAAUUUAUCCUCGAGGAAUACGAUCGGGAAAAGAAGAAGUGGAGAAGGAUCUUCGACAGUCUUCCACCUUCAAGACCAAAUCAAGUCGCUUUGGCUGCUAUGGUCUGUACGGCGUGGGCCGAAGUCUUCAAAUUCAGCUUCUGGCAUAUUGCAAGGAGGACCCCUUUGGCUCAGCCAAUGGACUCUAGAAGCCGCCCCCAGCUUGAAGAUGCUGGUGGCUAUUCCGAUUUCUCCUACCGGGACUUUGCAUGCCGCGUCUGCCAUCUGCACAACUGCCCUUUCCACGGCGCGAUCUUGGAACAAGUUGAACCAGGCUACCGCUCAGACAGCGAGGAGUCAGAUGCUACCCAUGAGAGUUCUGACUCUACCGGAAGAGCACUUAGUGGCUCCAGGUCAGAUCGUCUUCGGAGAUCUUCUGUUUCUUCUGAAGCUUCUCUUAUCAACUUCAAGAAGCACGUCAAUGCUCAACCUCGCGACCACCCCACUGAGGACGGACCAUUCAUACGACGAUCUAUAAACUAUUGGAAAAACACGAAGACGCACAUAAUGGAACAAAGGCCGCCGUUCUUUCCCUGCAGUCACAAGGGCAACUGCUCAGAGGCAAAGUGUAGCUGCUUCAAGGCCGGCAUUCAGUGUGAGAAAACUUGCGCUUGUGCACCUUCAUGCAAGCGACGCUUUAGGGGCUGCACUUGUGCUCAGGAAGGACUUGCGUGCGCCAAGAACAAGUCGUGUGACUGCUGGGGGUUGAACAGAGAGUGCGAUCCAGAUCUCUGCGCGAGUUGCGGGGCUGCCGAGGUUCUCGAUCCAGUCAACAGGUACAAUGAUGCUCUCUAUCGCUCGAAAUGCGGCAACGUCAACAUCCAACGCAACGUGCCCAGGCGCACGCUUUUGGGCCAAUCGGAAGUCCAAGGCUUCGGAUUGUACGCCGGCGAGAAGCUCAACGCGGGCGACUUUGUUGGGGAAUACAAAGGCGAGGUUGUCACAAAGGAAGAGGGUUCGAGGCGUGGUGCCGUCUACCAGCACCUCAAGACGAACUACCUGUUCGACCUAAACCGCGCCCAGGAGGUCGACAGUACAAGAGCAGGCAACAAGCUCCGUUUCAUCAAUAACUCAGCAAAAGCGCCAAAUUGUGAACCUCGGGUGAUGCUUUGCAACACGGUCGUCCGUAUCGGUCUGUUCGCGAACAAGGACCUGGAGCCUGGAGAAGAAAUGUUCUUCAACUACAACUACCCCGAGGAGGUCACGAAGCACUUCUGGGAGAAGGGCCAGGCGAAGCCCGCCGGCUCUGCAUACGCAGUCAAGACAAAGAAGGGCACGAAGGGGAAAGGCAAGGUUGCAAACUCGUCUCGGUCGUCAGACAGCGAGUUUUUGGCGGCGGCGGCGGCGGCCAACACCAAGGCUGGGCCGUCGAACGGCAAGGCUCUCAAGACCAGGAAGCCCGGUCCGGGCCGGAAGGCGGUUGACGAGGGUCGCUCGAGGGUAGGCGAGACACCUCUCAGGGGCUCGAGCACCAUCAGUCGCUAUACCUGGGCGGCUAAAGGAAAGCGGCCGAGGCUUAGUGCGCUGGAGAAGCAGAAGACUUGGGAAGAGUUGAACGAUGUCCUGGACGACGAGGUCCAGGAAGAUAGGGAGAGUGACGGAGACUACGACCAGUAUUUUGACAGCGAGGAAGAUGGAAGGGCGAGGAAGAGAGCCAGGAAGGCGAAGGUGUAA